CAGGAAGGAGAAGCAAAGAGAAAGAGAAGAAGAAGCUGCAGGUCUGCAGACAGGCAGUGGGACGAGGAGRCCAGCAGAUAUGGGUGAGUCUGCACUGUAAGAUCCUGUGUGAAGAUGAGUGGUGGGAAAAAGAAGAGUGGCUUUCAGAUCACCAGCGUCACCUCAGAUUCUUCCCAGCCCGCCUCUCCAGUCAGCCAGUCGUCACACAGCGUGGUCCGGAUCGUCCAAUCGGAUCCCUUCUCCAUCAGACACAUUCAGGGAAGCUCCUCCCAGCCGAACACUCCCUCCCUGAGGAGAAAAAACAUUUCCCACGAUGCCCCAGGGCAGGGAGCGGGCUGCGCUUCUAGGUUCAGGGUUGUGAGGCUGACAGGGGGAGGAUCUGGCCAAGGUGGGCGGAGCAAGUCAUAUAAGCGUGGAAGAUGGACAUGCAUGGAGUUUAUGGAGAGACCGGAACUGGCGGGGUUCAGGCGKGUGAUGGACAGCAUGAGACACGCCCAUUCGCUGGAGUCUUUGGAGAUGAUUGGUCGGGACAGCGAAAGGGGCGGAGUCCACUCUCAGGACACCACCCACAUUUUGGCUCAGCCGGUCAAUGGUACUGACGGGAUGGGGCUCGUUCUGAGGAGUGGGCCUCCAUCCCCAACACACCAAGAACCAGACGGCAUCCAGCUUCUUGACAGGGGAGGACCAAUCAGAGCGCAGGGUUUAGACUCCACCCCCAGUCCUGCUUCACCUCGCCCACAAAAUUUCCCCCGACCGUUACAGCUGGAAGUGGACGCCACAGGACGGUCUGUCCUCAGGAUGUCCCAGUCUUUACCCAGCUCCCCCCUGUCAGAACCGUACCACCCCACUCACUCACCCUCCCUGACCCCCAGUCACACUCUGUCACCCUUCAGCCUGGACCAGACCAUUUUCAGCCUUCAGGGGGACAGCAGUGCUUCCAGCAACAGCUACGCCAUCGACAACAAAAUUGAGCAGGCCAUGGACCUGGUUAAGAGUCACCUGAUGCUGGCGGUCCGUGAGGAGGUGGAGCUUCUGAGGGAGCAGAUCAGAGAGCUGCAGGAGAAGAACCAGCAGCUGGAGAGAGAGAACCACAUCCUGAGAGCGCUAACACACAACUACACAAUGUCUACACAACACAACAACAACGCAGCAUUCAUGUGACAUGACUAACUACUGCGAAACACCACACUCCAUCUGAUCAACAAAGUUUGUGAUGUAACACAAAAUAACAGUACACACCUAAACAAGUGCUUUCUGCUCAGCUGAUUGUCAAAGUAACAGGUUUAAACAGGACAGGAGCCUGGACACUACGACAACAGCUGUGACUGUAACAACGAAGAGUAGAGUGUAAGAAAUUAAUGAAGUCUAACUAAAAUAAAACAGACUGGUGUGUUUAAUUGAAUGUA